AUAUCACAUUCUUAAGUUACUCAGAAAAAACAUACACAAUGAAGUCUAUUGCCUUUUCAAUUGUUUCCCUCUCCAUUUUCCUUUUGAUUACUUUGUUUCUGAUUGCUGCUUCUGAUUCUACAGAGGAAGCACAUGCUCUUCUUAGAUGGAAAGCCAGUUUUCAGAACCAAACUCAGCCUCUCUUGUCUUCAUGGUCCAUUCUCAAUUCAACCAAGACAAGGCAUUGCACUUGGUUCGGUGUUUCUUGCAACAAUGCUGGAAGUGUCACUAUGAUUAACCUUACCAGUUGUGGCAUACUUGGUACGCUCUAUAACUUUUCGUUCUCAUCUUUUUCCAAUCUCUCAUAUUUUGAUCUUAGCAUGAAUGCACUCCAUGGUUCCAUCCCUCCUGAACUCAAUCAUCUCUCCAACCUCAUCCACCUUGAUUUGUCGAGGAAUAAGUUUUCAGGGCAAAUCCCACCUACAAUUGGCGAACUAACUCAUCUUGAGGCUCUUUUGCUCAAUGAGAAUCAACUAAAUGGCACAAUUCCUCAAGAAAUAGGUAAGCUAAAGUCCCUCAAUAAGCUUAACCUGUAUGUCAACAUUCUAGGUGGAGCCAUUCCAACUUCUUUGGGUAAUAUGAGCAACUUGUCUAGCUUGAAUCUCUAUACUAAUUCACUAUCCGGUUCCAUCCCACCAGAACUUGGUGAGCUCUCCAAGCUUGACUACCUUGAUUUGUCAAUGAAUAGUCUUUCGGGGUUAAUUCCACCUACAAUUGGUUUGUUGACUCAUCUUAAGGUCCUUCACUUGUAUAAAAAUAAGCUAAAUGGUUCCAUUCCUUGGGAGAUAGGAAAUAUGAGCUCUGUUUAUCAGCUAGAUGUGAGCAAUAAUCAACUUAGUGGUCAAAUUCCGACAUCAUUUGAUGGUCUAAGAGGUCUCUGUUAUCUUUACCUAUAUGAUAACACACUAUCUGGCAGCAUACCUAAAGAGAUUGGAAACUUGACGGCUCUUCUUCACUUGCAGUUGAAUGAUAAUCAACUUAGUGGUUCACUUCCAGCUUUCCUUGAAAACUUGAGCAAGUUAGAGAAUUUGCAGCUCAAGCAAAAUUUAUUUUCUGGGUCCAUUCCUGAAGAAUUGGGAAGACUGAAGUCUCUUCUUUCAUUCGAUGUAAGUUAUAAUGAGUUAAAUGGUUCUCUUCCAACUUCAUUGGGGAAUAUAAGCAACUCAAAAUUUUUCAGUGUAAGCCAUAAUAAACUCUCUGGAUCCAUGCCUCAAGAAAUAGGAAACUUGACGAAGUUGAUUUUUCUUUCUUUGUUUGAAAACCAGCUCACUGGUCACUUACCCGAAAAUGUUUGUAGGGGUAGAUUCCUCCAGUAUUUUGGCAUAAGCAAUAACCGUUUUGUAGGCUCAGUGCCCAAAGACAUGAGAAAUUGCACGAGCUUGACUAGAGUCCGUCUUAAUGACAACCAACUAGAAGGAAAUAUAGAUGCAGACUUUGGAGUCUAUCCAAAUUUGACCUUUGUUGAUAUAAGCCACAAUCGAUUUGCUGGAGAAAUCUCACCUAAGUGGGGUCAAUGCUCACAAUUAGCCACUCUAUGGAUUGCCGGGAAUAACAUUAGUGGGAAGUUACCACCUGAGAUUGAAAAAUGGAAUCAAUUUUAUGAUCUUGAUUUUUCUAUGAAUCAUUUGGAUGGGAGGAUCCCGAGUGAGUUGGGGAACUUGACUAAUUUGGUGAAUUUGAGGUUGAAUGACAAUCAUUUUUCUGGUGGUAUUCCUCUUGAGGUCGGAUCACUUACCAAUCUCCAAUUUCUCGACUUAUCAACAAACAGAUUGAGCUAUAUGCCAGACAGCAUUGGAGCUUUGUCGAAUCUCCAUUACUUGAAUUUGAGCUGCAACAAAUUCAGCCAAAGAAUUCCAAGUCCAAUUGGUGAAUUAAUUCACCUAUCUGAACUCGAUUUGAGCCAUAACUUGCUUAUCGGAAAAAUACCAACGGAGUUCACCAAGUUGCAAGACUUAGUGAUGCUAAAUCUUUCCUACAAUCAUCUUUGGGGUCCUAUUCCUUCUAGCAAACCAUUUCAAAAUGCUCCUGUGGAAGCAUUCCAAGGAAACAAAGGCUUGUGUGGAAAUGCGAGUGGAUUGCAAGCAUGUGAACUGCCACUAGAAGUACAAAAACAUGGUCUAACAAAGAGCCAUAAGAUUGUUUUUAUAGUUGUGUUUCCUCUGUUAGGAGCACUUGCUCUAUCCAUUGCAGUAAUUUGUGUGUUUCGUAAUUUCCGAAAAAAGAAGGGAGACUUAGAGAAGAAGGGAGACUUAGAGAACAUCGAGCUAUCGAUUUCAUUGUCAAUUUUUGACAGGAUAGUAAGAUUUGAAGACAUCUUGCAAGCAACCAACAACUUUGAUGCCAUGUAUUGUAUUGGGGAAGGGGGUCAUGGAAGUGUCUACAAAGCUAAUCUUCCUUCAGGUGAUAUUGUAGCUGUGAAAAGAUUUCAUUGCUUGUAUGAUAGUCACAAUAUGGCGGAUCAAAAGGAGUUUCAUAAUGAGGUUAGGACUUUAACAGAGAUAAAGCAUCGGAAUAUUGUGAAACUCUAUGGCUUCUGCACAUAUUCAGAACGUGUUUUCUUAGUCUAUGAUUAUCUUCAAAGAGGUAGCUUGGCCGCAAUCCUAAGCAACAAUGAGGAAGCAAAAGAAUUGGACUGGUGUAAGAGGGUGAAUGUCGUCAAAGAUGUCUCUCACGCUUUGUCUUACAUGCACCAUGAUUUGUCAUUGCCAAUCAUUCAUCGAGACAUAUCGAGCAAAAAUAUUUUGCUAGACUUGGAAUACGAAGCUCAUGUUUCUGACUUUGGCACCGCUAAGCUUCUCAAGCAGGACUCAUCUAAUUGGUCUAAACUAGCUGGAACAUAUGGAUAUAUUGCACCAGAGCUUGCUUACACGAUGAAGGUGACUGAAAAGUGUGACGUAUAUAGCUUUGGAGUGUUGGCACUAGAAGUUCUCAGAGGAAGUCAUCCAGGCGAUAUCAUAUCAAAUGCAUCAUCUCCAUCUGCUACUUUACAAGUUAAACUUAAUGAUUUGUUAGACCGGCGUCUUUCACCUCCACCACAAAAGGUUCUUGAUAAACUGAACUGCAUCAUGAAGGCGGCCAUUUCAUGCUUAGAUGUGAAUCCACGAUGUAGGCCAACCAUGCACCUCGUUUCUAAGUUACUAUCCAACUGAAUAUAUGGAAGUUCAUCACGGCUUGUGAAAGCUGCUGAUGGAAACAAAGAGACCUUGCGCUCACUUAUUGAGAAGGAGCCUGGAGGAGGGUUCAUCAUGGUCUACGUUGAUGAAGUCUAUGUAAACUUGAAUUUUGUCUUCUGAAAGUAUUGAAGUUUUGUGCUGUUAAAGGAAGCAGAUUAUGAGAUAACAUCUACGAACAUAUGAUGCUAGAACUAUAUUAGCGUUUGAACAAUGAGUAAAUAAAAUUGUACUUUUACAUGUGAUCUUUAAUUACCAACCAAGAACAAAAUAAUUGUAAUUCCAUCAAUCAAUUUCAAGUGAACCAUUAUAAAUUUUUGUCAAAAGAAUAGAGAUCAAGAUGACAAUUAAUAAGAGUAAUGAUAAUGAUAUGAUGGACAUUUGGCGCAUUUUCAUCAUAACAUAGUAGUGCACACACCAACCCCACAUGUAUGUAUUUUGACAUUGCAUGGAAAGAUCAGAAAUCUAAUUUGAUGCUGGACUAAAAAACAAACAAAUCAACCUGGACUGAAGGAAAAUGUGAGGGAUUUUUCUGGGUAUAUAUAUGUACAUAUUGUACUCACAUAAGCAUCGUAUUUACAUUUGCACAAGGUGGUAAGGUUUGGCCUAAGCAUCACUUUGUCAAUGUUGUUGAAGAUGA